CCCUGUCUGCUUGUGGCUUGUUUGUGUGCGUGGAAGUGGAGGGACGUGUGUUCAGGUCCUUGGAAGAAAGAACCUGAACACCUGUGAGUGGAUCUGUUGUAAUGUCAUCUUUUUACAUACUUAUUCCAACUAUUUGCACUUAAGGAAUUUGUUUGUAUUUAUGCAGAAAUAGUUAUAUUUGCAGCAUCGCGACCAGGUGUGGUGGCGUAAGCUUUGUUCUUGAGCAAUAACCUGUUUGUUUAGUUAACUACAGUUAGUUAAAAGCUGCUAUUUGGAGAAAAUGUCUACUGGCUGCCAGGCUAGCGGGGCUACCGCCAUUCCUUCGACGAGGAGGGUGACCAUCCACGAUGCCGAGCACAUGCCCCUCGACUACUCCACGACUCCCGGAGGGACCCUCUUCAGCACCACCCCCGGUGGUACCAGGAUUGUCUACGACCGAAAAUUCCUGCUGGGCUGUCGUAGCUCUCCAGCGGCCAAGACUCCUCCACGGGGCCUUCCAGACAUUCCUGGUGUGACGAGUCCUCCCUCCACAGAAACCAAUGACAAGAAGGCUAGUGAUGGAGAGCUAGUGAACAACAAUACGGGUGCAGUUGCAAGCAACAUCACUGGUGAUGAUGCACAGUUUGAAAUGGACAUCUGAGCGCUGCUGAAGCAGAGCCAACUUGCCAACACGAUGCUGUGAAGAAAGGCUCAGGGGCGCCAUCUUGUCCAGUCAGCGGUUACAUCAAGGCACUUUACAAUCUAUUUAGGCCCCUGCCUUGUUUUUUUGGCCCAUAAAAAAACAUCUUGUGUGAUAAGUGUGCCUUUAUACGAUGGCGUCAAGUUGAAAACGGAUACUUUUUAUGAUCAUUAUUAAUAAUUAUGACCUAUUCUGAGAUCUGAAUUCUAGCCAGCAUUCCAGAAGAAUUAUUCCCACCAUGUGCAUUUUCAGACGCUGCCUUGAAAAAGUCCAAGAUACUGUAAUCGUUGUGACUUGUGUGCUUUGAGUCACAGUUUGCAGUGUGACACAAUUAAAGAAAAUGCAAUGAAAUCAAA